ACCUAUUUUCACGGUUGCCCUUUUGUGAUUUGAGAACUCCCGUCAUUGAGAGGGCUGGCUGGUGAUGAUAGCAUCGUUUUCUUUGACCAAGAUAGCCAUGUCGGGAGCGUUCUCGUCUGAUCCCUAGAGAUUUAUGCCUAUGACAGGUAGAUGCACUCUACAUACGGGUUUAUCAAUCUACUCAAAUCCAACGGUUCAAGACUCUUGCACCUGGUCCUAUAAUCCUCUCGUGCAUUUUCUAACAUUUUUCCCUUUCCUUCUCCACCUCCAUCUCUUUGCUUCGGCGUCCGUUGGCCCUUCCAAUCUCAGGCGCCGUUGGAGUUCCGACGAAACCCAACAUCUCAGAUCUUGUUUUUUUUUUGGUUUUGUUUUGUUUCAUAUAACUCUGAAUUUCUGGUGAAUAUGAAUUGUUUGGUGUGAUCAGGUCAGUUGAUGGGCUGGAAUGAAACUUCUUUUCCAAAUGAUUUGGUUCAGAACAGUUGAUGGGCUAGAAUGAAACUUCUUUUCCAAAUGAUUUGGUUCAGAACAGUUGAUGGGCUGGAACGAAACUUCUUCUCCAAAUGAUUUGGUUCAGAAGUGUUGAUGUGCCAUAAAUCUUGACGGGAAGCAUGAACUUCGUUAAGGGUGUUGCUGACCUCAUUCGGAGAACAUCCAGUGGCCAUUCUGGAGAUUCUGGUUCAUGGUCACAUAAGUUCUCUUCUCCAUCUCCAAAGAUCUGUUUUAGUGAGGUUGGAGAUGAGGCAAUUCUGCAUACACUUUGGGGAAGACAUGAAAAUGCAACUGAUAAGGCUGAAAAGAGGAAAUUAUUUCACAUUUUCCUCAAGCAAUUCCUACUUGUAUACAAGAACUGGGUUCCUGCAUUUUCGAAACAGUUGCCUGAGGCUGCUCUAUCUACCCCUGGGGAAUAUUCAUCAAGUUUUAAUGAUGUAGUUGUUGGUUGCUCUGCUGGACAUCCUGCUGAAAUAAUUCUUAUUCUAGCUCAAGAGAUAGCACAAUUAACUGCUCUUGUGAGUGAAUUAAACACCAGUACAACACAAUCUAUGGACCACUCAGGGACUUUCUUGAUCUCGAAUAUAACUGCUGAUGGGUUACCUAUCUUGGAAGCUUUGACAAUUGUAACUCGCUCAGUGCACAAUUGCAAAGUAUUUGGCUACUAUGGAGGCAUUCAAAAGCUUACGGCACUGAUGAAAGCGUCAGUUGUCCAGCUUAAAACAGUUAGUGGUGCUUUUGCUGCUGACGAAGGAUUAUCAACUCCUACUUCUGAGAAGACUAAGGUCUUACAAAAGAUACUUGUAUAUGUGGUCUCAAUAGUUUGUAGUUUUAUUGAUUUAAACUCAAGCAUGUAUGAGAAAGCUCAGUUGUAUGCCAAAACUUGCGGGUUUUCUGGUUCAUGUGGCAAUGUAUUUUCAGUUGAUCCUUAUAGUGAUCUGAAGAGUGUUUCUGGAACUGAUCAGAAGAGUCUUAUUCCUGAGACAAGGCUGCUUUGGCAUCAGAAGGCAAUUGUAUCAGUGAUGGAAGCUGGGGGCCUGAAUUGGUUAGUAGAACUAUUGCGUGUUAUCAGAAGACUGAAUAUGAAAGAACAAUGGACUGACAAAGUACUUCAGUAUUUAACUUUGUGCACUCUUCAAUUAGCAUUAUCUGAUAAUGCACGUGCUCAGAAUCACUUCAGAAGCAUUGGGGGACUAGAGGUGCUUUUGGAUGGACUUUCCCUUCAAUCAAACAAUGUAUUGGAGUCCACAAAUACCUUCUGCACUGAUAACGAGAGAGAGGAAAAUUGUUUUUCAGGUCUUUUUGAGCUUCAACUUCUGUCAUUAGAAGUCCUCAGGGAGGCUGUUUUUGGAAAUUUGAACAAUUUGCAGUUUCUAUGUGAGAAUGGAAGAGUUCAUAAGUUUUCAAAUAACAUCUGUUUACCUGCUUUCAUGCUUCAAGACUUCAGGCAGCAGAGAAUGGGCUCUGGACAAGCUGAUUCUCAGAUUCCUGUUUCAGACUCUGAAAAGGAGAUCCCCAAAAAGUUUUUGGCAUCAGGAUAUGUUAUUCCAUUGGAUACUGCUCAUUCUUUUUCUCAAUAUUGGGAUCAGUAUUCUAUAAGAUUAAGCAAUAUACUUUGUUCUUUCCUUCUUGCUCCCGAGGAUAUUAAAUUUCAGAAUGUUCAAUCAUCAUUUGGUCGAGCUGCUGUUCCAGUUUCCUUGGUUUAUUGGGAACUUUCGGUAAAAUGGAUUAUGAAGGUUCUUCUGACCAUUUUCCCUUGCAUUAGGGCUUGUGCUAAUCAAAAUGUGCUGCCAAGCUAUUUAAGGACUUUUUUGAAUACUUUGCAGCAUUGUACUCUUUAUGCAUUUAGAAGGGUUCUUAUUUCUGCACCAACAUUACUUAAAGUAUUUCGGGAAGAGAGGAUGUGGGAUCUUCUAUUCUCUGAGAACUUUUUCUAUUUUGGACCAACUUCUGAAGAGCUCUUUGGGGAGUCCAGCAUCUAUUCUAAGGGAGUUCCAGGAAACGUGGAACUGUUUUUGACCUCUAGUUCCAUUAAUAAUCAAAUGAAAGCAACUGAAAUUCAAAUUCUUCAAAUGGAAGUGGUAUCAUUUGUGGAGUUUACUGCAACAUUUAAUGGGAUUGCACAUAACUUGCCAGAAUGUUCUGCUUUAUUAGAUGCCCUCGAACGUUCUGCUUGCCAACCUGAGAUUUCUAGUAUUCUUUUGAAGAGUCUGCAUCGUAUAUUACAAGUGGCAUCUGAGCAGACCAUUUCUUCUUUUAAGACACUGGAUGCAAUUUCUCGGGUGCUGAAAAUUGCCUGUAUUCAAGCCCAAGAAUUCAAAUGUUCUGACAAUGUAAUUCCUAAAGAGGGUGAGGAUGAUGGAGGCAUUCUGUCUGGGAAUUGGCAGAGAAAAAGUACAGCUGAUACAUCUGAAAUAUGGCUUAAAUGCCUGGAGGCAUCCUUAGAGCUCUUUACUGAAUACCUGUCAAUAGCUGAUGAUGCAAAGAGUGGGGUUUUGCAUAAUCCAACAUGCAUCGAUUGUCUGUUUGAUUUAUUCUGGAAAAGAAGUUUGAGAAAGCAUGUAUUGAGACUUAUUCUUGACCUAAUGAUGCUACCACUGUCUUCUGAAAAAGAUGAUACGGCAAAGUUGCAGCUAUGCUCUAAGUACUUGCAAACAUUUGCUAGUGUAAGGGAAAGGGAAAAGAACUUUGCAGAAUUAUCAAUUGAUCUAUUGGUUGGUAUAAGAGAGAUGCUUCUAACUGAUCUAGUGUAUUACCAGGAUCUGUUUCGCAAGGGAGAAUGCUUUUUGCACAUUGUCUCAUUGUUAAAUGGCAACCUUGAUGAGAGGAGUGGAGAGCAAUUGGUCCUGAAUGUCCUUCAUACUUUGACCCAUCUGCUUACAGGGAAUGACUCAUCAAAGGCUGCAUUCAGAACCCUUGUGGGGAAGGGUUAUGAGAUGUUGCAAAAUUUGCUGUUGGACUUUUGCCAAUGGCAUCCAAGUGAAGGGCUUCUAAAUGCUCUGCUUGAUAUGCUUGUUGAUGGGAAGUUUGACAUCAAAGUGAACCCUGUAAUAAAGAAUGAAGAUGUAAUCAUUCUAUGUUUUAGUGUUCUCCAGAAGAGCAGUGAUUCUUUGCAGCAUUAUGGAUUCAAUGUAUUUCAGCAACUGCUAAGGGAUUCCAUCUCCAAUCGUGCUUCUUGUGUCAGAGCAGGAAUGCUUAAUUUUCUUCUUGAUUGGUUUUCUGAAGAAGUGAAUGAAAGUGUCGUUUUAAAAAUUGCACAACUAAUUCAGGUAAUUGGUGGGCAUAGCAUAUCUGGAAAGGACAUACGCAAAAUUUUUGCACUUCUUCGCAGUGAAAAAAUUGGAACGAGGCAGCAAUACUGCUCAUUGCUGUUAAGCAGCAUUCUGUUUAUGCUAAAUGAAAAAGGACCAACUGCCUUUUUUGAUCUGACUGGGAAUGAAUCUGGAAUUGUAAUAAAAACACCAGUGCAGUGGCCGCACAAUAAGGGGUUUUCUUUUUCGUGUUGGAUCAGGGUAGAGAACUUUCCAAGAACUGGAACAAUGGGCCUCUUCAGUUUUCUUACAGAAAAUGGAAGGGGGUGCUUUGCUAUGCUUGGAAGAGAGAAGCUCAUUUAUGAGUCUAUCAAUCAGAAACGGCAAUGUGUUUCAUUGCAACUCAAUCUUGUCCGUAAGAAAUGGCAUUUUCUUUGCAUAACUCAUACCAUUGGAAGAGCAUUUUCUGGGGGAAGCCUACUACGGUGUUAUCUUGAUGGUCGUCUUGUAUCAUCUGAAAAAUGCAGGUAUGCAAAAGUUAAUGAAGCUUUGACACGCUGUACGAUUGGAACUAAAACAAAUCCAACUGUUUAUGAUGAUGAAAGCUUGGUAUCUGUCAAAGAUUCAUCUCCUUUUCUUGGUCAGAUCGGUCCCGUGUAUCUGUUUGGAGAUGCUAUUUCUUCUGAGCAGAUACAGGGUAUCCAUUUCCUAGGACCAAGUUACAUGUAUUCUUUUCUUGAUAAUGAAGCUGCACUUUCUUCAGACAGCCCAUUGCCUAAUGGAAUUCUUGAUGCAAAAGAUGGCCUUGGAUCUAAAAUAGUUUUUGGUCUCAACGCACAGGCCAGUGGUGGUAGGACUUUGUUUAAUGUGUCACCACUGUUGGAUCAUGCACUGGAUAAGAACUCUUUUGAAGCAGUAGUUCUGGCUGGAACACAGUUAUGUUCCCGUCGGUUGUUGCAACAAAUAAUCUAUUGUGUUGGUGGUGUCUCAGUAUUCUUUCCUCUUUUAAUUCAGUUUGAUGGGUCUGAAUAUCCAGGAGAUGAACAACUUGGGCAUACAUUUCUUAGAUAUAUCACAAAAGACCGUAUGGCAGCUGAGGUUAUUGAGCUAAUAGCUUCUUUUCUAGAUGAUAAUCUAGCAAAUCAACAACAGAUGCAUCUUAUUUCUGGCUUUUCUAUCCUGGGAUUUUUAUUGCAAUCUGUUCCACCACAGCAACUUAAUUCAGAAACUCUUUCAGCUUUGAAACAAAUGUUUGAUGUUGUGGCAAACUGUGGGUUGUCAGAGCUAUUGGUGAAAGAUGUUGUUUCAAGUAUAUUUCUUAAUCCAUUUAUCUGGGUAUAUACUACUUACAAAGUCCAACGUGAAGUAUAUUUGUUCCUCAUCCAGCAAUUUGAUAAUGAUCCAAGAUUGCUCACAAGCCUGUGUCGGCUCCCUCGUGUGAUUGAUAUAAUAUGCCAAUUUUACUGGGAUAAACCAAAAGGUCGUUCUUCUUUUGGAAGCAAGCCUCUACUUCAUCCUAUAAGUAAACGAAUAAUUGGACAGAGACCAAAUCAAGAAGAAGUUCACAAAAUCCGCCUCCUUCUAUUAAGUCUUGGUGAAAUGAGCCUCAGGCAGAACAUUGCAGCAUCAGAUAUCAAAGCUCUCAUAGCUUUCUUUGAGAGAAGUCAGGAUAUGGCAUGUAUUGAGGAUGUAUUACAUAUGGUUAUUCGUGCUGUUUCUCAAAAGCAGUUACUUGCUUCUUUUUUGGAGCAAGUCAAUAUUCUUGGUGGCUGUCACAUUUUUGUUAAUCUUCUUCAUAGGGACUUUGAGCCAAUAAGAUUGCUCAGUUUGCAAUUCUUGGGAAGACUUUUGGUUGGACUUCCCUCUGAGAAGAAGGGACCCAGAUUUUUCAAUCUUGCAGUUGGAAGAUCAAGAUCUCUUUCAGAAAGCCAUAAGAAGAUCAGUAUUAGGCUGCAACCGAUUUUCUCUGCAAUAUCUGACAGAUUGUUUAAGUUUCCACAAACAGAUCAUUUGUGUGCAACCUUGUUUGAUGUGCUUCUUGGUGGUGCUAGCCCUAAACAGGUAUUACAGAAACAUAAUCAGUCCGAAAAGCACAAGAUCAAGGGAAAUAAUACACACUUCUUCCUUCCUCAGAUGUUGAUGCUCAUUUUCAGAUUUUUGUCAAGAUGUGAGGAAACAGCUCAAAGAGUGAAAAUAUUAAGAGAUUUACUUGAUCUUCUUGAUUCAAAUCCUUCGAAUAUUGAAGCCCUUAUGGAAUAUGGGUGGCAUUCCUGGCUAGCAACAUCUUUGAGACUUGAUGUGUUUAAAAACUAUAAGGCUGAGUUUCAGGUUCAUGCUGACAACGAGAUAAAUGAACAACAUCUUGCAAGGGGCUUAUUUUCUAUUGUUCUUUGCCAUUAUAUGAAUUCCAUAAAAGGUGGCUGGCAGCAGUUAGAAGAAACCAUAAACUUCCUGCUCAUGCAUUGUGAACAAGGGGAAAUUUCAAGGGACCUGCUUCAUGAUAUCUUUGAUGAUGUAAUUGGAAAGCUUGUAGAAGCGUCAUUUGAGGAUGACAUUUUUGUCUUGCAACCAUGUCGAGACAACACAUUAUAUCUCUUAAGAUUGGUUGAUGAGAUGCUUAUCAAUGAACUUGGCUAUAAUCUUCCGUAUCCUGGAAGUAGCUCAGGUAUUUUAUCUGAUUGCCAAGAACUAGAGAGUAACAAAGAUCUGAGCUCUUCUAUUUUUGAGGCCAUGCAUGGAGAAGUUGAUGACCAAGUUCCCAGACAUCCACAAGUUUGUAAGCCACCUAUCUCAGAUGAAGAUGACAUAAUAGAUGAUGUCUGGUGGAGAUUGUUUGACAAGCUGUGGCUUAUUAUCAGUGCGAUGAAUGGAAAAGGACUAAGCAAAAUGCUAGUUAAAUCUUCACCAGCAAUGGGGCCAUCUUUUGGCCAACGGGCACGUGUCCUAGUUGAAUCAUUGAAUAUUCCAGCUGCUGAAAUGGCUGCAGUUGUUGUAUCAGGUGGAAUUAGCAAUGCAUUGGGUGGAAAACCAAAUAAAAGUGUUGAUAAAGCUAUGGUACUGAGAGGGGAAAAAUGUCCAAAAAUUAUUUUUCGACUUGUCAUCCUAUAUCUCUGCAGAGCUGAUCUAGAAAGAGCAUCUAGAUGUAUUCAGCAGUUCAUUUCACUGCUUCCUUGUCUGCUUGCUGCUGAUGAUGAGCAAAGCAAGGGCAGAUUACAGCUAUUCAUAUGGUCCUUGCUCACAGUUAGAUCGCAAUAUGGAAUGCUUGAUGAUGGGGCACGUUUUCAUGUCAUAUCGCACCUGAUACGUGAAACAGUGAACUGUGGGAAGUCCAUGCUGGCUACUGGUAUUGUGGGAAGAGAUGAUUCAUCUGAUUCUGGCAGCAAUGUGAAGGAAGCAAAUACCUUUCAUGGUCUAAUUCAAAAGGAUAGAGUCCUUACUGCGGUAGCUGAUGAGGUAAAAUAUGUGAAGACUUCAAAAUCUGAUAGAGCAAAGCAGUUGCAUGAGAUCUGUUUGAGGUUGGAUGAGAAUUCAUCUACAGAAUCUUACCAGAAUAGGGUUUUUGAAGAUGAGAUACAAAGUAGCUUGAGCAUGAUUCUUUCUUCAGACAAGAGCAGAAGAGCUGCAUUUCAGCUUUCCCAUGAUGAAGAACAGCAGAUUGUCGCUGAGAAGUGGAUUCACAUGUUUCGUGCUUUGAUUGAUGAGAGAGGUCCAUGGUCUGCUAAUCCUUUUCCAAAUAGUACCAUUACUCAUUGGAAACUUGAGAAAUCAGAAGAUGCAUGGAGGCGUAGACCCAAGUUAAGACGGAAUUAUUGUUUUAAUGAAAAGCUAUGUCAUCCUCCAUCUACUGUUUCCAUUGGUCCCAGUCGUCUGGCCUAUGAAAGCAAAACUAAUUUGGUGAGUCAUAUUCCUGAACAAUUGAAGCGCCUUCUAUUGAAAGGAGUACGUAGGAUUACAGAUGAGGGAAGCUCAGAGCCUUGUGAAAGUGACACUGAACUAAGUGCAGAAAAAGCCUCUUCUCCUGAUGAUUCUUUGGUAAAUGAAACUGAGCUUUCUAAAGAAAGCAAUGACCAGGAUGUUCAAGAUAGAAAGGAUGCUUCCUCCAAUACAAUGGAGACAGAAACUAGUGAGGUUCUCAUGUCUCUUCCUUGCAUGCUUGUCACACCUAAGAGAAAAUUAGCUGGGCAUUUAGCAGUCAUGAAAACUGUCCUCCGUUUCUGUGGUGAGUUUCUGGUUGAAGGUACCGGAGGAUCAUCUGUUUUCAAUAGCUUUUGUGCUUCAAGCAGUUCUGUUCCUAACAAAUCUAGCCAAUUGGGAGGAAUCCAUAAGCAGAACUUAACCAAAUUUCCCUUGGAUGUUGACGCGUAUUCUGAGAAAGAGAGUGGCCUUGAUAACACAGAUGUGAUUGAUGAAACUUCUCUUCAAAGAAAACUGAAGAAAAUUAAACGCCACCGGAGAUGGCGUGUCUCCAAGAUAAAAGCUGUUCAUUGGACUCGCUAUUUGCUAAGAUACACUGCCAUAGAGAUUUUCUUCAACAAUUCAGUUGCACCCAUAUUUUUGAAUUUUGCAUCACAGAAAGAUGCCAAAGAUGUUGGAACUUUGAUAGUUUCCUGCAGAAAUGAACUAUUAUUUCCAAAAGGAAGUAACCGUGACAAGAAUGCAAUUAUUUCCUUUGUUGAUAGACGUGUGGCACUGGAGAUGGCAGAGACUGCAAGAGAGAGUUGGAGGAGAAGGGAUAUUACCAACUUUGAAUAUCUAAUGAUACUUAAUACACUUGCAGGCAGAUCAUACAACGAUUUGACUCAAUAUCCUGUCUUUCCUUGGGUUUUGGCUGAUUAUUCUUCUGAGAAACUCGACUUUAACAAGUCUUCAACUUUUCGUGACCUCUCAAAACCUGUUGGAGCUUUGGAUAUGAAACGGUUUGAGGUUUUUGAGGAUAGAUAUCGUAAUUUCUGUGAUCCUGAUAUUCCUAGUUUCUAUUACGGUUCUCAUUAUUCAAGCAUGGGAAUCGUUCUUUUCUACCUACUUAGGUUGGAGCCUUUCACAGCUCUACACCGGAUGUUGCAGGGUGGUAAAUUUGACCAUGCAGAUCGCCUUUUUCAAAGUAUUGAGGGCACAUAUCGCAAUUGUCUUUCUAAUACAAGUGAUGUGAAGGAGUUAAUACCUGAAUUCUUUUACAUGCCAGAGUUUCUUGUUAACUCAAAUUCGUAUUAUUUGGGUGUGAAACAGGGCGGUGAACCCUUAGGAGAUGUUAUUCUACCUCCUUGGGCCAAGGGCUCCCCCGAGGAAUUUAUAAACAAAAACCGAGAAGCUCUUGAAAGUGAAUAUGUAAGUUCCAAUCUCCAUAACUGGAUUGAUCUGGUUUUUGGUUACAAGCAACGUGGAAAACCUGCAGUAGAGGCAGCAAAUAUCUUUUAUUACUUGACUUACGAGGGUGCUGUUGAUCUUGAAACAAUGGAAGAUGAACUGCAAAGAUCUGCCAUUGAAGACCAAAUUGCAAAUUUUGGGCAGACACCAAUCCAGAUUUUUCGUAAAAAACACCCAAGAAGAGGCCCACCAAUUCCUAUUGCUCAUCCUUUAUAUUUUGCUCCUGGUUCAAUAAGUUUGACAUCAAUCAUUUCUAAUACAACAAGUCCACCAUCUGCUGUAUUAUUUGUCGGUAUGUUGGAAUCAAACAUUGUCCUUGUGAACCAGGGACUCACCAUGUCAGUCAAAAUGUGGUUGACCACCCAACUGCAAUCUGGUGGGAACUUUACCUUCUCUAGCUCACAGGAUCCUUUUUUUGGAAUUGGUUCUGAUGUUCUAUCUCCUCGUAAAAUUGGUAGUCCUUCAGCAGAAAAUAUUGAGCUUGGAGCACAAUGCUUUGCUACAAUGCAAACACCAUCAGAAAAUUUUUUGAUUUCAUGUGGUAAUUGGGAAAAUAGUUUCCAGGUAAUCUCUCUUAAUGAUGGAAGAUUGGUGCAGAGCAUCCGGCAGCACAAAGAUGUGGUCAGCUGUGUUGCAGUGACAUCUGAUGGAAGCAUCCUUGCUACUGGAAGUUAUGACACAACAGUAAUGGUGUGGGAGGUCCAUCGUGCCAAAGCAACAGAAAAGAGGGUUCGGAGCACACAGACAGACCUACCCAGAAAAGAUUGUGUCAUUGUUGAAACUCCAUUCCAUAUCCUCUGUGGCCAUGAUGACAUCAUUACAUGCUUAUUUGUCAGUGUAGAGCUUGAUAUAGUUAUCAGCGGAUCAAAAGAUGGAACUUGUGUCUUCCAUACAUUGCGGAAGGGAAGAUAUGUAAGGUCUCUUAAACAUCCAACUGGCAGUGCCUUGUCAAAGCUGGUUGCAUCUCGGCAUGGUCGCAUAGUGCUUUAUGCAGAUGGUGAUUUGAGUUUGCACCUAUACUCUAUUAAUGGAAAACACAUUGCCACCUGUGAAUCCAAUGGCCGCCUCAACUGUGUUGAACUCAGCAGUUGUGGUGAAUUCUUGGUUUGUGCAGGUGACCAAGGACAAAUAAUUGUACGGUCUAUGAACUCACUUGAGGUGGUGAGACGGUAUGAUGGACUUGGAAAGAUAAUAACAUCUCUAACAGUGACGCCUGAGGAAUGCUUCCUAGCCGGAACCAAGGAUGGAAGCCUUCUUGUAUAUUCUAUUGAAAAUCCUCAGCUUCGCAGAACUAGCCUUCCUCGAAAUGUCAAAUCCAAAGCUUCUACCACAGGAUAGUUUACGAUCAACAGUACAAUUUUAGAGCAUAUACCAUAACUGACUGUAAAUAUUGACCCGAGGUAUCAUGUUCUCAUUGAUGUUUCAUUUGUUUAUUUUUGUAUUAUUUUCCGAAUAGAGUUCAGUAUUUAGGUUAAAAAUGCCAUAGGUCUAUAUCCAGUCCAUUCAUCACAAGACCCCAGAUAUCUGGGACCAACAUUGGGUAAUGGCCCCUAAUACUUCUGUUAUUUAUUUUACUGUGUUGAACAGGGAGAUCUAUUGAUUGUUUAGUUUCCUUUUCUUUUCUGGCCAACAAUAAAAGAUUCACUUCAAUUUAUGGGCAUCUAUUGAGGCUGCUUAA